AGCUUAACGUGGUGGGUAGAGAACAAAUGCUGCAAGCUCAAACAUAGAUAGGCAUUGCAUGCUGCUUUCUCCUUUUAUCUGUUCCUUGGCUGUAUCCUAGAAGAGAGUAAUGCGUACAUGGGCAUCGGAUAUUCUAGAGACUUUCUCUCCAAUCUGUCGACAAUCUCAUCGAUUAUUCCUUGUAUGUUGGCGUUCUGUUUGCUACCUAUAUCAGGCGCUGAAGGAUACUUUGUUCGAGGAAGGUUAUCAAUAGAUGCGUGGGCUAUAGUACGAUGUGUGCUUUGGUACUACUACGCCAUUAUGAAGCUUUUGAAGUACCUACUAAAACAGCCUCAAAUCUUAAACCGCCCAUGCGUUUCAAGAGAGAGACGCCCAGGUGUAAGGUAGAUUAAAGAAAUAUAUUAUAAGAUAGGCCUCCAC